CUGAACAACACCAAAGCAGCCACGCCACCUCACUCAGCUCAACCAAUAACUUAAAGCACUCAAAUCCAUUUCUGUUUCCUGUUUUCUCUUCCACUGCCAAUUGUUCAACCAUGUCAUCAGCCGUGAUUGCAGGAGCUGCUGCCUCUUCGGCCGCCUUCACCAGCAGGAAGAACUACUCCAUUAAAACCUCCCCAGCCCCUUCUCCAAAGACCUUGGCUACUUCCCAGAAAACAUCCCUCCAAGGCUUGUCUCUCCAAGAGGCCAAAAGGGGAGUCUCAGAUUUCUUCCUACCUGAGAAAAACAACAGUUCUAGUCCCACUCAUGCAAGGAAAGGACUCGAGAUCACUGCAAAAACUGCCGGUGCUUCAAAAACUAUAGAGGUUGAGGUUGACAAGCCUUUGGGCUUGACAUUGGGUCAGAAGACAGGAGGCGGUGUAGUUAUCACUGCAGUUGAUGGUGGUGGGAAUGCAGCGAAAGCAGGGCUUAAGGCAGGUGAUCAAGUGCUUUACACUAGCAGUUUCUUUGGGGAUGAACUUUGGCCUGCAGAUAAGCUCGGGUUCACUAAAACUGCCAUACAGGCAAAGCCAGAUUCCGUAUAUUUUGUUGUUAGCAGGUUUGCUGAUGAUGUUAAACGACUACCGAAACGGCCAGCGCCACCGCGCUUCGGAAGGAAACUGACCGAGGCUCAAAAGGCAAGAGCUACUCAUAUUUGCCUUGAUUGCGGAUUCAUAUACACUCUACAGAAACCUUUUGAUGAGCAGCCUGAUACGUAUGCAUGCCCGCAAUGUCGAGCACCGAAGAAGAGAUUCACACCAUAUGACGUAAAUACCGGCAAAGCUAUCGGCGGAGGGUUGCCUCCGAUUGGGGUCAUUAUCGGGCUGCUGGCCGGUGUUGGAGCUGUUGGAGCUUUGCUUGUUUAUGGCCUUCAGUGAAUGUUUAUAAUGUGUAUCUCAUUUCAU